ACCUGCAUGAACACUCCAGUACAAGGUGAUGACUGUGAUUAACUUUAUCUUCAUGCUGUCAGCAUCAGCCUACUUGUUGGCCAACGGCCUCGAGGAUUCCAACCUCUAUCCCUACGUACAGGAGACCAUGAAAGGUUUAAUUAACCAGUACCAGUGGGACUUGACGGCUAAGAGGUCCGUCGACAUUGUUCAGGAAUACAUCGGAUGCUGCGGCGGAUAUUCUGCUGACGAUUACAUUAACAUACACAUGCCCAUCCCGGAUACCUGUCGUGACCAGGUGACUGGUAACCAGUACAAGUACUCGUGUGCUGAGGUCUUCUCCCAGUUCCUGGAGGUGCUGACAGGCUGGAUCACUGGCAUCUCUAUCAGCAUAUGUUUCUUCCAGUGUUUCUCCAUGGUUGUGUCUAUCUGCCUGUGGCGAGCAAUAAAGGAAUACGACUCAAAAUAAGCAACCAAAUUUUCAAGGAUAGACGUUAGCACUAACAUUUACUGGAAUGUCCAAGAACAGCUCAGUCACUGGAAGAAGAAGCCUUCACCAACACUAAGGUGCCCUCCUUGAAGGGUGAGAAGUGAAACAAAAUUAACGAAAUUACUUCAAAAUUUUUCAACGAUACAUGUUAAACUAUGUAUAUGUUCUUUAAGUAGCAAGGUAAGAGAACACUGACAAACUAUAAUAGGGACUUCAAUAGAGUAUGGAGCUUUAUAAAUAACAAUGUUUAGUUCGUUCUCGGUUUCCACAGUGAAUUAGUGUCUUGACGUUUACUGACACUGGGUUGCUAAAGUCUGAAACCUCAUUUUUUUGGUACAGGUUUCCCCUUCACUUUAUGCCAGUUAUGGCUCACUGUAUGGCAUAGCUAACAAGUGGUAAAAGGACACGUACAGCAAAAAAAAAAGACUUAUUUAUUAUGACAUUUCACCUACUUGAGGUUCAUAAAAGUUCAUUUAAAUCAAUAAGAAUAAGUAAUUUUACCCUGAAUUAAUGCUUUUUAUACCAAAAAUGUUAAAUCUGAAAAAAGUAAAAAUUUUCUAAAAAAAAUAAAGAUCUUUCGCUGCGUGUCUUUUUAUUAGAUUUACUUAAUACAAAUUCACUUACAUAAUGUCCCAGUUCUAUUAGUAAUUCUAUGUUUAUGAUAGUAUAUGAUGAAUGUAGUAUGUCUGUACUGUUCUUAAAAUGCAUCAAAGUCUUGUGCAGAAUUAAGUGCUGAGAGCCUAGUGACACUGAGUACCAGUGCCAUGGUCCUGGUACAUGUCGAGUAAAAGGACACAAGUGCAACUAAUGACAUUUUAUUGUGGCAAAGUUUCGCUCUCCAGGAGCUUUAUCAAGCCGUUACGGCUUGAUAAAGCUCCUGGAGAGCAAAACAUUGCCACAAUAAAAUGUCACAUUAGUUGCACUUGUGUCCUUUUACGUAACAUAGUCAGUAUUUCUACCAACAUUAAUACAAUCUGGUACAUAUCUAUUGAGUAAACAAAGGAAACUUGUAUAUUUUCUAUCACCAUAUGCAUCAAACAUCCUUCCCUUAAUAAUUGUGUGUUAUACAGUAUUUUUCCUUCAUAUCAAUAGAGGAAAAAAGGACAAAAUAAAUUGUGGCCAGAUAAAUGUUUGAAGCAGUGGACAAAGCCUGUUGUAUAGAGAUUGUUGUCUGUUAGAAGUGUGUGUCUGGCAGGCUUUCCAUACAACAAAGGGGAUAUAAAUAAGGUUUUGAGGAUAUCCCUCUAAGAGAGAACCAGCAAUAAUGGAUUUAAAUUAGAUAAGUGUAGAUUUCGAAAGGAUAUAGGAAAGUACUGGUUUAGUAACAGGGUAGCUGAUGUGUGGAACGGUCUGCCUAGUAGGGUUAUCGAAGCUAAAACCUUGGGUAGUGUCAAAUUUAGGUUGGAUAAAUACACGAGUGACAGAGGUUGGACUUGAGUGGGACUUGCACCUGAGUAAAUAGAAUUGUCAAUUUAUUGCUUGGGUAGCAUUUAUUCUGUUAGUGGGUUGGAUUUAUAAAGGAUCUGCCUAGUGGGGGCCAACAGGCCUACUGCAGUGUUCUUCCCUUCUUAUGUCCACUGCACUGGAUAUUUCACUAUAACAUAUUUUAGUUUAAAUGGACACCCUGUUUUCCCUAUUAAUUCAUUAUACCAAAGUGUCACUGUAUUCUACAGCCACAGGGCUUGUAUAGCAUAUGGGAAUGGAAGCCAGUUAGGUUUGAUUCACAGGGAGGGUAACUUUAAUGGUUUUAUCAAGAGUUCUUCAACAUCAAGGUAUUAUUCUGAAAGCUCUUUGUACCAAGGUUUCACUAGCGAGAAGGUGCAAGGGUACUUUGUUGCUGCUUAAGAUCUCUUGAUCCAAGAUAUUGGAGCUCCCCUUUCUCAUAUCACACUAGUUUUCCUCAAUAUUAAUGGAGUACAGCCUCUUCUCACUUAGCGACGUGCUCAUUUACCAACGCCUCGGACUUACGAUGGGCUCUCUGACCAGUAUUUAUAUCUAAAUAUGGUGGAACCCCGAGUUUUGGCUGUAAUCUGUUCCAGAAGCUAGGCCUAAACUCGAAACGGCUAAAAGUUGAAGCAAUAUUUCCCAUAAGAAAUAAUGUAAAUACAAUUAAUCCGUUCCAGACCCACAAAAAUAUUCACAAAAAAUACAUUUUUUAAAGAAUAACUAUAGUUUAACAUAUAGUACUUAAACAGUACAGUACUUAAAACAUACAUAUAGUACUUAAAUGAAUAAUACAAAACAUAAACAUUUAAAAUCACAUUUAUGUACCUUUAUUGAAGAGUCUUGCUGGCAUCUGGAAGAUAGGGAGGAGAGAGGGAGGAUUUAUUGUUUGGAAAGGGAAUCCCCCUUCCAUAAAGACUUUAGGUAACAAGUCCUUAUCUGAGGUUACAUCCCUUUGUCUUUUAAUGCCACUAGGACCAGCUUGAGUCACUGAACCCCUGUCACACAAAGUAACUUUCAAGAGUGCUCUGUUUCUGGCAUCUCUAAGAUUUGCCUAAAAUGGGACACUGUUGUGUCACUGAACAUGUUGCAGAGAUGGCUUGUUUCAGCUUUCUCAGGGUAGUAUUUUUCCACAAAACUUUGCAACUUAUUCCACAUUCCAUACAUGUCCUUAAUCACUGAAGAAGGCAUCUGCUUCACUCCUUCUUCUACCUCCUCUGAAGCAAGUUCCUCAGCUGUGGUCUGAUGCUGUUCCAGUUGAAGCUCUUGCUUCAACUGCUGUAACUAGGAAGUUUCUUGGGCCCCAUGGUGGCUUAUUUCACAGUCACAAUUAAUAAACAAGCACUAAACCCAAUGAAUUUAUUGUGAAAUGUUUGGAUGAGCAUGCAGGGUAAUGUCCACUCAAGGAUAAACAAACCUAGACUGGUUCACGACACCUUCGCAGGGAGGCCGCGCAGGCAUGAGAAGACGGACAGGUCUGGUAUGCUGGCCGAAACACAGGGCAACGGCUUAAACUCGGGACAAAAUUUAGCCCAAAAUAGUGGUCGAAACUCGAAGCGGCCAAUUCUCAGGGCGGCUAAAACUCUGUGUUCCACUGUAAUGUGUAUUAGAGCUGAUUUCCUCUAUUCUGUUUAUUGCAAUAUACAGUACACUAUAAACAUUUGAAAAUAUACCAGAAAUGUUAAAAAUGGUGCAUAGGUGACAUUAAAACAAUAUCAAAGAUGGCUGACAGACCCACUACCAUUAUAGUACGUAUACUCCUCACUUAGCGACGAAUUUGUUUAACGACGUGGUCUUAGGAACGAAAUUCUGUCGUUAAGUGAGGAGAGGCUGUAUUGUGCACAGUACUAGCUUUUCAUAUUAAUUAAUGUUACAAAAUGUUCAAGUUAGCAAUAAACUAGGAUAUACUGUACCUUAAACUUCAUUUCCACUAAAAAUUAUAAUUUUUAAGAAGCUUUAAACCCAUAGCGAUCAUACAAUGCAAGGGGAAUGAGAGGAAAUCAGGUUUGAUCCAAGAAAAUAAAAGAAUCUAAUGUUUUUGUUAGAUACCUCAAUAUUUAGCUAUUCUAAACAUUUUAUGUUUAGCAAUUUAGAAGUUAUAUCCAAUGGACACAAAGAAAUUUGUUUAUUUCUACAUUAAAUUAGACAGCAAAAGUUAAAUUACUAUUAUGCUCAUUAAGAAGUGUUAAACUUGUAAGGGUCAUACACAGCUUGAGGAAUGGGAAAUAAUCAAGCUUGAUCUGAGCAAAGGCAGGGGAACUUCUUUCUUUAAUACAGGGGGAGCCCCACUUCACAACGCUUCGCUUACAGCAUUUUGCUAAUCAGACUUCCUACAAUAUAUUUACCAUUCACCGUAAGCUAAGGGUGAAAAUAUUUUAAGAUGUGUAUGCUGUAUAUGCAUUUUUUAGGCCUAGCUAUAUUGCUCGCCUAAUAUGUAUGUAAACAUGUUAUCAGGCUUUGUAUGCAUUUGAAACUGAAAAAGGCUGUUUCACUUUACAGCAAUAGCCCAGAACCCAACCUGCUGUACAAGUGGGGCCUCUCCUGUACAGGCAUACAUCACUAAUACAGACAUCCAUCGUAAUGCAAAUCACAGCCUUUUUUUCCACUUUGCAGUGCAUAUAAAUGCCUAAAAGCAUGUUUACUAUAACUUAUUAAGUGUGCAAUAGCACUAGGCCUAAAAAAUUAUACAAAAGUAAAAUUAAUAAAUAAAAUUAAAAUUGGGAAAAAACACUUUAAGAGCAAGGCAAGAGCCAAAAAUAAUAUGAAUAUAAAUUGAAAAGAGAUGUAUUAGCAAAGUGCUGUAAAGUGAGCGCCGUAUUAAUGAGGUAUGUCUGUGAUGACCGUCAAGUUACUCCCUCUCCCUUGAAAUGCCCAGUGUUUAAAGGCAUUGUAUAAAUACAGUACAGAUGUAUGACCCCAUUUAGGUUUAGCACAUUUUUUCCAUUAUACACAGUUAAACCCAAGAAUAUGCAAUGUUUACAUUCCUAGAAACUAUCUUGUAAUUUAAAUUUUCAUUGUUUUGUAUUUUGCACAAGACUACAUUUCAAAAAAGUUCCAUUUGUUAUGGUCAUGUAUCUGUAAAUUUUGCUCUAAUCUUAAUAAUGACACACAAAUACAUGGAGAAAAAUAGAUUGAGCACAGAAAAUAUGACCACAUUUGAAAGAAUGAAUUAAACUAUCCAUAAGUCAUACAGAUUACAAAAUAUGUAAAUUCCAUGGUUUGACUGUAGAUAAUAUUUUCUACUCUUCGUAAGUUUAAAUUCUAAGUUUUAUAUUUACAUACUGUAUUUAAUAAGAAAAAUAAAGUGCUAUUUCA